GAUCGGAGCAGCCACUCAGGCUAGUUUUUCGGGAUAUUCGGGGUCACAGGUGCAGUGCUUGGGUAGAUGGUCAUCUCGUAGGUAUCAGCUGUACGUGCGGCGUCAUUUACUGUAACUUGUCCUCUGAUUUAGGGUGUUCUUCCCGGUAUGUUUGGAUUGUAGGACACUCUUUCAUCUUUUGGGCAACUCGACCGGCAGAGUCACAUUCCUAUGGUCAAAAUUUGGGGAUCCCAGCCGAGUUAGCAAGGGUUCGUUGAAGGGGUAUCCAUUAUUAUUUGGCAAUGACCCCAAUUUGUUAAUUUAUGAUAUAAUUAAAAUAAAGCUGGGGACUAUAUUUCCAACAGAAAAGCUGGUGUCUGUGUCUUUUUAAAAAGGUUUGGGUGUGGGUUAUAGUACAUGCCGGAUAACGACUGUGCACAUGUCAAGUUUAUCUCCAAUCAUGCACUUAGAUGUAGCAGCCAAGCUAAUGACCACAACCCUUAUGUAACUCAUAAAAGCACCACCCGCCAGGGCCGGACUGGCCCACCGGGAUACCAGGAAAUUUCCCGGUGGGCCGUCGGCAGCUGGGGCUGGGCAGGCAGCUGGCUCACCUGCAGCCGCAGAGGGAGCUCGUUAGGCGGCCGCGGGGGGAGCUGGCUGUUCUGUCUCUACUCCCCCUCUCCAGCGCACAAGAAAGAGACCGGGGCCGGAAUAUGACGUCAUAUUCCGGCCCCGGUCUCAUUAAGCGGCACGCUGGGGAGGGGGAGCAGAGACAGAACAGCCAGCUCCCCCUGCGGCUGCCAGAACAGCCAACUUCUCCUGCGGCCGCCAUCAGAGCUCCCCACAGGUAGACAUUGUGUGUGUCAGUGUGUGUGUGUCUGUGUCAUUUGUGUGUGUGUGUGUGUGUCUGUGUCAUUUGUGUGUGUGUGUCUUGUGUCAUUUGUGUGUGUGUGUCUUGUCGUGUGUGUGUCUUGUCGUGUGUGUGCGUCUUGUGUCAUUUGUGUGUCUGUGUCAUGGUGUGUGUUUGUCUGUGUCAUUGUGUGUGUCUGUGUGUCUAUGUCUGUCAUGGUGUGUGCGUCUGUGUCAUGGUGUGUGUGUGUCUGUGUGUCAUGCAAUGUGUGUCUGUGUCAUGGUGUGUGUCUGUGUCAUGGUGUGUGUAUCUCUGACGGUCGUGGUGUGCAUGUCUGUCUGUGUCACGGUGUGUGUCUGUGUGUCACGGUGUGCGUCUGUGUGUCACGGUGUGUGUCUGUGUCAUGGUGUGUGCGUCUGUCUGUGUAACGGUUUGUGCGUGUGUGUUUGUCAUGGUGUGUCUGUCUGUGUCAUGUAAUGUGUGUCUGUCUGUAUCACGGUGUGUGUGUCUGUCACGAUCGCUCUGUGUUGUGGUGUGUGUCGUGUGUGUGUCUGUCUGUCAUGGUAUGUGUGUGUCUCUGUCAUUGUGUGUGUCUGUCAUGGGGUGUCUGUGUUUCUGUCUGUGUCACGGUGUGUGUCUGUCAUGGUAUGUGUGUGUGUAUGUGUGUUUUACUCACCUUUUUUUUUUUCCCCACGUCAUGCUGGUCUGCCCUCGACUGGCCCUGCUUCUACGGCUGAGAUCAUCAAGCUUGAUGAUCUCAGCCAAUCCGCACUGACACAGGAAGCACCUCUAGUGACCGUCUGAGUGUCUGUCACUAGGAAGCAAUGUAAACACUGCCUUUUCUCUAAAAAGUCAGUGUUUACAUUGAAAAGCCUGCAGGGACAGGCUAUAGACACCAGGGCCACUACAUUAAGCUGUGUGUGUGUGCGCGCCUGCUAGUGAGUGGGCUUGCUUGUGUGCCUGCUACUGAGUGAGCUUGUGUUUUUAGUUUAAUGACCUUAUGUACAUCAGUGAGACAGUUUGUCUAUGAGGCUGUGUAUCAAUCAGCUUGUGUCAGUGAGAUUGUCCGUCUGCAUGUGAGUAUGCUUACUGUAUAAUUAAAAAUUUUACUCUGAAAGGACCAAUAUUUUAUAUUGGAAAAAGGUGUGUGUGUGUGUGUGUGUGUGUGUGUGUAUGUGUGUGUAUGUAUGUGUGUGUAUGUAUGUGUGUGUAUGUAUGUGUAUGUAUAUAUAUAUAUAUAUAUAUAUAUAUAUAUAUAUAUAUAAUCUCCAAAAAAAUACCGGCACUCUAGGCUUUUCAAUAUUAGAAAUUCUUUUAAUCCAAAUCCACCGUCAACGUUUCAGAUCCCCAUGGAGCUUUCAUCAGGACCGGUAUUUUUUUGGAUAUGUUAUUACUGCAACCAGAGCACCAGGUACCAUUGGAUUUGGGUUGGAGUGCAGGAACUGGUUCUGUUUUUAUUUAUAAUCAAUCAUCUAGGGUGUCAAGACAUAGCCUUACAUAUUACAUGCGACAAUAUAUGGCGCAAUGACUUAUGGGGCUGGCAUAGAUUUUUUUUCCAGGGCUGCUUUGGAAUCCCCAGUACCGACCCUGCCACCCACUAGGAAUGUUUAACACCUGGGUAGGCCUAUGCUUAUUUGCAAACAAUAGCUAAUUAACCAACAAUCUAUGGCAAACACUUAGCUAAUCAAAUGCCUUGCCUUGUGCAAUCAGUAACCUUUUCCUAUAGAGUCUUACCUGUAACAGUAAAAAAGAAAAACUCUUAGACAGCUGAAGAUUCUGUAAAACGUUCCAGAAUAUAUCCAAUCACACACUUGGUUGCUACAUCUAAGUGCUGCUUCUAAGCUAUAUUCACAGAGACAUAUAUACAUACACUGGUACACUUAAGGACACAUACCUUGACACACAUACAAAUACACACACUGACACACAGAUGCACUUCCUCACGCACAGAUACUUAUCCUGACACACAGACAUGCAGAUACACAGACACACUAAUGGCCAUUGGCAUGCUACUAAAAGUAUCUUGUUAUUUAACCCCUUAAGGACGGAGCCAAAUGUACACGUUGUGAACAAAACAAAAUGUAAACAAAACCUGGCAUUUGCGCUACAUGUCUGUCCAACCGUAAUUCACCUCUUUCAUAGUAAAUGCACCCACCCUUAUUAUAUAUCAUUUUAUUCAGGGCUUUCAUUUAAUAUCAAAUAAUUAGCUAUGAAACAUAAUUUAAUAUGAAAAAAAUGGGAGAAAAUAAGAUUUUUUUUUUAAUUUUUUUAGUACUACAUGACAUUUUAACUGUCAAUGUCAUAAUACUGUUUGCUUUUACUGCAAUAAAAUACACAUAUUUGUAUUCAGCAAAGUCCCACGUGUAAAACAGUACCCUCUAUGUACAGAUUUUAUGGCGUUUUGGGAAGUUACAGGGUCAAAUAUAGCACGUUACAUUUGAAAUUGAAAUUCACCAGAUUGGUUACGUUGCCUUUGGGACUUUAUAGUAGCCAGGAAUUAAAUUUACACCCAUAAUGGCAUACCAUUUGCAAUAGUAGACAACCCAAGGUAUUGCAAAUGGGGUAUGUCCAGUCUUUUUUAGUAGCCAUUUGGUCACAAACACUGGCCAAAGUUAGCGUUAGUAUUUGUUUGUGUGUGAAAAAUGCAAAAGCCAAUUUUGGCCAGUGUUUGUGACUAAGUGGCUACUAAAAAAGACUGGACAUACCCCAGUUGCAAUACCUUUGGUUGUCUUCUUUUGCAAAUGGUAUGCCAUCAUAGGGGUAAUUUUCAUUCUUGUGCUACCAAAGGGUCUCAAAGGCAACGUAACCAAUCUGGCGAAUUUUAAUGUGAAAAAAAUGAAACACAUGCCUUAUAUUUGACGCUGUAACUUUUGAAAACACCAUAAAACCUUUACAUGAGGGGUACUGUUGUACUCGGGAGACUUUGCUGAAAACAAAUAUGUGUUUCAAAACAGUAAAAAGUAUUGCAGCAAUAAUAUCGUCCAUGUAAGUUCUGUUUGUGUGUGAAAAAUGCAAAAAAAGUCACUUUUACUGGCGAUAUCAUCGUUGUAAUACAUUUUACUGUUUUUUUGUUUUUUUUUGAAUUCUUUAUUUUUGGUCUGACGAAGAGGUCAACACAGAAAUAUGCAGGUGUACAUAUGCAAGUGACAGCGCAGUGUCGAACAUUUUUACAGAAUGAAAGUUGCAUUGGUUAUUUUAAACACUUUACCGACACUAUAUAUACAUUUUACUGUUUUAAAACACUAAUAUUUGUGUUUAGCGAAGUCUCCUGGGUAGAACAGUACCAUCCCCAUGUACAGGUUUUAUGGUGUCUUGGAAAGUUAUAGGGUUAAAUAUAGUGCUAGCAAAUUAAAUUCCCUUUACUUUCGGCAUGGGUUGUCAGGCAGGUCCCGCUAAUUGUAAUUAAUUAAGAUACCUAAUUAUGUAAAAAUAUUACAUAAAUAUAUAUAUGUAGAAUUAGUAUAUGUGUGUGUGUGUGUGUGUGUAUGUGUAUAUAUAUAUAUAUAUAUUUUUUUUUUUGGUAUAUAUAGUGAUAUAUACGUAUAUAUUUAUGUAUAUAGAUAUAUAUAUUAUUUCGUUCUACGUGUAUUUUGAUAUAAAUAUAUAUUAAUAUCACAAUACAGUUAGAACGAAAUAACACACAUCUAUAUAUUUUUUAAUUAUUUAUUUUUAUUUUAUUUAAUUUAACAUAUUUACAUAUUUAAUGUUUUUAUAUAUAUAUAUAUAUAUAUAUAUAUAUAUAUAUAUAUAUAUAUAUAUAUAUAUAUUUAAUCAGUAUCAUAUAUAUAUAUAUAUAUAUAUAUAUAUAUUAAUAGUAAAAUACACCUAGACAGUAUAUGUGUGUGUAUGUAUAUGUGUAUAUAUAUACUUAGAUCAUAUAUAUAUAUAUAUAUAUAUAUAUAUAUAUAUAUAUAUAUAUAUAUAUAUAUAUAUAUAUAUAUAUAUAUAUAUAUAUAUAUUAUUUUUUUUACACUUUUAACUUUUAUUUAAUUUUAUUUCCAGCCAGCAGGGGGACUACCUGUCAUUACAGGCAGCCCCCCUGCUGGCAAUGCUGCAGCCAGCUAUCCUGGCCAUGUGAUUGUGAGGUCCUCGCAAGGACCUCACUCUCACAUGGCCAGGGGGCUGCCAGGAGGUCGCCAGGAGGUCGGACGUGCCGCGGGGGGCUCCCUGGGAGUCCCCCCAACCGUGAUCGCCGGCGACCGGGUAAGUAAUGAAAGACCGGAGGGCGUACUAUUACGCCCGGCGGCGUUUAGAGCCGCUUAAAAUAGGGCGUAAUAGUACGCCCUCCGGUCUUAAGGGGUUAAAUAGAAUAAAAUAUAUUUGAAAUAGUGCACAGGUAAAUUUUGGUGGGUUAUAUCUUGUUUAUAUGUGUUGUCUACCUUGGAAUGUGUGAACAGGCAUGUUAAAGGGUGGAGUUGGGGAGGGGCAUGGGUGAGGUUUGGGGAGGGGCCAUGUACGGAGCUUUAGGAUAGGGUUACCAAAUCAUUUUGGAAAGUACAAAAAGGUUCAGGUACUCCAAAGUUCAGAAAAGGCAAUUUAUUGAAGCCCAAUGUCACACAUUCAAUAAAUUGACAUUUCUGAACCUUGGAGUGCCUGAACCUUUUUGUACUUUCUACAUACUGUUACUGGGACCUGGUGUUGAGUCCCAGGUUUGUUGCACCCUGGCUCAGAGUGAUGGGAUAGAGUGCAGUUCCAUAUUGUUUCUUCUAAACCAAAUUAUUUUGGGGUACAAACUUUGGUAUUUUCUGGGUGGCCUGGACUGCUCGCCUCUCCACUGGUAAUCCUCUGUGUGACCGGGCCCAGCACCUUCCAAUAUUAUUAUUUUAUUAUUUAUAUAGCAAAUUCCCUAGUGCUCUACAAUGGGUAAUAUAUGCCUAUGUGGGCCCUGGUGGCUUCAAAGAGGGGCCCAGGACACACUGAGAUCCCCCUUCGGCACUCUUGCGAGCUGUGUUUGUAGAGCUUUGCUGCGGACUGCCAUGGAAACGCUCCGCGACUCGCAAUGCAUGCCGGGCUCGUGUCAGAGGACUGACUGAGUUGGAAAACAGAGUGUGCUCUUUGCGCAACAAAAAGUUGAGCCAAUGGACCACCAGGGAAUCCGGUGUUUCCGUCUCACCUCCCCCCACUGGCUACAGGUAGAAGACAGGGAAGGGGCAGGGGCCCAAAAUUUCUAAUGACAGUCCUGCUUAUUUUUAGUGAACAGCCCUGACUGUUUUUUUGGUUGGAGUAAUCAUUUGAUUUAGGCUCACUUGCUGGAAACUACCGCUUGCAAUAAAGAAAUAUAUCAAUAGAGGGUGCUGCCAGCAAAGCACCCAACUUACUGGGUCUACUCACAUCUUCUGGUGCUUGGUCUGUCCUGAAAGCUGCUCUUAUGUUUUUUUCCCCCUUUAGGACACAUUGGCUGAUGUGAAGACUCCAGCUGACCUGGUUGUUCUUCAUGCCAGGCCUCUAGUAUAUAGACCAAAAGUACAUCACAUUUCACAGUAUUUCUGAGAAUGCUCUCAAUGUUCCCUGUUUUGUACAGCCCACGUUGGCUGACUGGCAGAUCUGUGUCAGAAUGUCCUGUAUGUUGACAUGCUCGUGACGCACAUUGUGUCAUAAGCACGUCCUUCUCAUUUCAGGUUCCAUCCCUCCUUAUAUGUGGAGAGUUAGUGAUAUUAGGUUUGAAUAUACAUUCAUUACAAACAGUGAGUGUUAAUAUGUACAUUAAAGGGAAACUUGUAUUCCUAAUACUACGCCUCCCCUCCCUGUCAUAUAAUGGGUUAAAAACACUGUAUUUACUUACCCGAUCCUAGUGCCAAUGUCCCUCAGUGCUCCGCCUCCUCCUCCGUCGGACGGUGGGGGCUAAUGCGUAAGCACCGCGAGUACACUAAGCCCUCCCUAUAGGAAAGUAUGGAAUCAAUGCCUUCCUAUGUUGAAUUUACUGAUGCUGGAUGACCUCAUGCAGAGCACGAGGAAGUCCAGCGUCAGUUAGGCAACCAAGUCGCCUAGCACGCAGGAUGUCUCUAGUGGCUGUCUGGUAGACAAUCAAGUGAGGUUGUCUCUGCAGUUUCAGAGAAACUCUGCCUGUUGCCUUAGUCACCCAGACUACACAGCCCCCACACAACUUCUGCUCAUUGAAGUGGUCUGGGGGGAGUGAAUGUUUGCAGCUGCAUGGCUAUGUGUACACAUGCACUCACUUAAUGGGACACUGGUGACCAAUUGCAAUGGUUUGUACUUGUGUGAGCAUGUGUUUAACCCCUUAAAGACACAUGACAUGUCACGAUUCCCUUUUAUUCCAAAUGUUUGGUCCUUAAAGGGUUAAAAAAGGUAUGAUACAUGCGCACCAUUAUCCUCAUUUAUAAAGUUACAGAGGUUUCAAAUCAUGGUGGUUUUAAUAUCUUCGGGACCAGUUCCCACAAAGCUCAGUGCGCGCAUGUAAUUAAAUGUGUUCACAACUGCAAAUGACCCUGAAACAGCAUAUCAACACAUACAGUGAAAUUCCUCCUUCCUGGUGUCACGGUCAUCGUAAUGUGUAUUGUCAGUGACACCUCCUGUUAUCAUAAAUUAAUAUAAUAAUGAACUGCAUUUCAAUAUGAUUGUGGUAACAGCACUCUUUGGUGAGCAAAACUAAAACCAAAAACGUUUGAUGCAAGAGCGUCAUAUUUGUUUGAGUGGAAUAAGAACAAAACAAAGUACUCAGUCCCUACGAGAGUGCUUCAUCAAUAGCCUGUAGAGUCCUGGGCAGCUCUUUCAUGUACUGUCCAACAGCAUGGUUAUGGUCUGUCUAGGAAUACAUGGUGCAGAUGGGUUUAGGUUUGCCAGAUUUACCAUUAGUAAAAAAAGUGUGGCAGGGGGUAUCUAAAAUCAGCGUACCGGAAAUUUCUACCGUAAAGCAAAAAAGCCCUAUAACUUAAAAGGGCCUGGAAAUUGCCCGGCCCAGCAUUGCACCUUUGAGCUCUGGUGCUUAGCCGCAGGUUAUGUCAGAAUUUAUGUGGACUCACAAGGACAUAUACAUUGGGCCAUCAGGGAUAGCUAUGUAUCUCCCACCCCACCAGGGAUAAGCCACACUAUUUGUGGUUUUUAUUUUAAAUAAUUAUUUUUAAUACUUUCUCCUCAGCAACUGUCUCCUCUAUUAAAGCCACAAACCCCUUAUUACAGUCCCUAUAGCCCAACUACAGCUCCUGUCUCCCCACUACAUCUCCCAACCCCUCAUUACAGCCUAUCCCCCCCACACACACACACUACAUCCAUACCUCCCACUACAAAUACCCUAUUUCCCACUGCAGCCCCUUUUCACCCUCUAUAUUCCCUAUCCCCUCACUACUGCACCUAUCUCUUAAAAUACAACCCCUAUUCCCUUACUACAAGCUCAUUACAGCUCACACACACUACUGUCCUUCUCCCCCUCUACAAAAUGUUAUUGCCCACUACAUCAUCCAUUCCCCAGCUAAAGCUUUCUCCCUCCAACUACAGGCCUUUCCUUCUCAAACUACAGCCAAAGGAGGCAAAACGAGUGCAGGGGGUCCAGAAUCUUGCCCAGGCCCAUUUUAAUAUUAAAAAUGGCAACUGUAUUUUCCAUUACCCUCUAAACCUGAGCCCCAAUGCUUCUUUAAUGAUACAAUACUCCGUGCUGUAAUCCUGUAACACUGAGUGCACCAUUGGACCCCCACUUGGGGGAUGUGUCACAGUAGAUAGUGCUAUAAUGGUGCUGUUUUAAAAGAGGCACUGUUAUAGCUUUUACGUAAUGACGGAAUUUGAAAUUAGGGAUGAAGUUUAAAAUUGACUUCUAAUGUGCUUAGGAUUUUGUGGCCAGUUUGUCAAAACUUGAUCUCAAAAAUCAUAACAUAUUGGAUUUGUACAUGUAGCUGUCCAAGAAAUCAAUAUGUGGCAGUAUUUAUGAUGAUAUGAAAUAAUUUAUCCAGGAUGGGUACACUUGGCUAGCACUAGUUUUCAAGUACAUCCUGGAGUGUAGAUAUUGUUUCCCCAGGUGAAUGGUAUUAAUUUUAUUGAGUUUGGUAAGAUGAAAGUUGAAUAAAGCUUGCACUUGUAGCAGAUCCUAUAGAUACUGUAGAUGGAGCACUAGCCACCGAGAUAUCUCAGCAGCCGCGGUAUAAUGAACACUUGUAACAAAACAGAUGAAAUAUUUCAGAAGACAGUCCAGUAAGAGAAAGUAGCAUAAUCCAGUUAUAAAAAGGUAUUAAUAAUUCAGGAACUUGUUUUGUUUUUUUAUAAAUCAAUGUAACUCAAAGUUCCGCUUAUAUUAUAAGAAGCAGUGUUGAAAGUGUAUAAUUUAUGACGUACCUUAACCGGAUACCAAAAAAAUAAAUAAAUGGUAUAUUCCGCAUGAUGACUUGCAUUCGGCUUGGUAACAAAGCUAGUACAUUCUCUGAAACCCACAGCAACCAGUAUAUUAGCUGUUAACAUUGCCGAUGAUCAGUAACAGGUUAUUAGAAAACCCAGAAUGAAUCAAAACUGUAUUAGGAAAAUCCAGGGAACCAAAAAAGAAAAACCUUCCAGGGUCUGUGGAAGCUCUGGUUGAUAGCACUUUGUCUGUUCAGUACUGGCUUCCGUGUAAUUGCUUAAAGGGACACACGAUUGAAUGAGCAGAGUCUAUAUAGAGUCUGCAGAAUUCACUGAGGUCCAAUGAAUGGCUAGAGAGCAAGCAGGAACGGGCAACAAAAUCCAUAAACCAAAGCGAGAAUUCUCCAUGCCCUCUGCUGCAGUUAUGGAUUGUGUCAAACAGGAAUAAUAAGUAGUUUGCAUACAGUUUUAUGUAUGUGUUACAGCACUGCUAAGGACAUGGAGCAGUGUGAUCCAAGGCUGUGUACAACCUGCAAGUAACCUGCAUAACCUAAAGAAUGUGGUCUAAUUAAAGCUAAGAAUGAUUCAGCUUGAGAUCAGUGACUUAUUGCAAAGCAGGAAGAAUGUCACAAGAUCCCCCUGGAGCCAAUAGCCUUUAGCAUUCCAAUUCUUGUAGAAUAGAUGUCUGUUGACCAACAACCCCCAGUGCCCAAUGAGGAGAAGGCAAGUAAAUCCUUUGGGAAGGAUCAUUCUAUAGCAGGAUUUGUACAUGUAGCUGCCCAAGAAAGCAAUAUGUGGCACAUGGCAGUAUUUAUGAUGAUUUGAAAUAAUUUAUCCAGGAUGGGUACACUUGGCUAGCACUAGUUUUCAAGUACAUGUUGGAGUGUAGAUAUUGUUUCCCCAGGUGAAUG